AUGUUUAUAUUUGUCCCCUUCAGCUUCCCUCUGGAGAGGAGAUCCCCUUGCCCCCCAUCGUCCUUGUCUGCUUGGGCUCUGACCCGGGCAAGAAGACAGUGUGCAUCUACGGCCACCUGGAUGUCUAAGCCAGCCGCAAUCGGCGACGGUUGGGACACAGAGCCCUUCACACUGGUGGAGAAAGAUGUUUUCGGUGUGGAGCCUGACCUGACGCGGGAAGGCUGCAGCAUCCCAGCCACCCUGACCUUCCAGGAAGCCAUCGGCCGCAACGUCAUGCUGCUGCCCAUGGGCUCGUCUGACGACGGAGCACACUCCCAGAACGAGAAAUUCAACAGGACAAACUACAUCCAGGGCAUCAAGAUGCUCGGCGCAUACUUCCACGAGGUCUCCCUGUUGGAGUAAAUGAACUAGCCAGACCUGAGUGAGAUGUGUCCUUCUACCUCGAACUGUGGACCGAACUGUUUAGUUUUCUAUCCAAUGCAAGUUGCAUAAUGUUUUCCAUGAACUGCUGCUGCUGUACAGCAAAAUGGAGCCUUGAAGAUCUUCCUUAGUCAUUUGUAAUUUUGUCUUCCAUCAAGAAGAUAAGUAGAGGAAAAUAAUAUAAGUAUUGAUUAUUGUACUGUAGAUGCGCCAUCGUAUAGCGUCAUCUACUGAAUCGGAGUGUUCUAGACAAGAUCUAAACCAAACUCGAAGGAAGCGUGAACAGUAUACCCCAUUACACGUCCAUGUUGUGGUGUAUUUAUGAAUGUGCUAACAGACAACAGUACACCUACAGAAUACACACUCAUUUCCUCCAUUUGGGGGACUUGGAGAUUAUUUUAUACCUGACUAUUUUCUAUCUUAAGAUGUUAGCUUGUUUGGGAAACCUCCAACUUAUGGGAAAAAGUACACCAUCUUCAACUCCUAUUUUAUUCCUGUUAUAAAUAUUAUGGGUAAUCAUUUAUGAAGCAGAACACUGCAUGUCUUAACAUGAGUAGAACAGAGAAAUACACACAGGACAUAGCCAUAGACAUCUGCAGAUAUUGGAUGCAUUUGGAAGUGUUUGAAGUGAUGACAAUAACUCAAUACUUUUGCAUAAUGUUGAAUAUUACAGUAUACAAAAUUGCUUCUUGAUUUAUCCAUUCAGGGUUCUCUUAACUGGCGCUUGACUUGACUUGUAUGCAACUAAUUUCUCCCUUGUCACAAGCCAAUAUAUUCAA